AUGGCAAAAAAGUCAAAGAAGAAUUUACCAGAAGAGGAUAUCCAACGAGGUAAGAAGGCUGGGAAGAACGGGAAAACUUUCAAAAAUAGCAAGGAUGAUGUUGUUGAUAAUGGGAAACCAGCUAAAACAGGUAGAGCAAUGGUUGCUCAGACAAGUUCAUGGACAGGUAAAUUGCCAGGAUCCUUGCUACACGAACAUUGUCAAAAACAGAAAUGGGGUAAGGUGGAAUACGAUAUGAAGAAACUCCCUGAAGGGUUCAUUGCAGUCCCUCAGAUUUCAUGGGAAAAUCCCAAGACCAAGGAAAAUAUUCAGAUUAAAUUUUAUCCCCCAAAGCACAUAGUAAAACCACAAGAAACGCCAAUUGAAGCACGUCAUUACGCUGCAACUUAUGCGCUACAUAGAAUAGCUUUUAACAAAAAUAUACAUAUGGUUUUACCGUCAAACCAUAAGGCUUUAUGGAGCGAAUUAGAAGCUGAGAGGAAGAGCAUCACGAAUAAAUAUCCCAGCAGGGCAAAAUUGGACUACUCAAAUGAUCCAUUUUCUGCAUUAUUAGAAAAGAGAAGAGAAGACGAAGCUAGGAAGAAAGAAAGUGAAGUUCGAGAGGCUGCCGUGGCAAAAGUAAAAAAGCCAGCAAUUAUUAUCGGGUCACAGACAAAUAAUAAUGUCAAAACUAACAAUGAAUUAAAGGUAGAUAAUGGUACUAUAAGAAGUGAUAAAGGUCAAAAUCUUGGUAGGGGAAAAUUUGAUAAUUUACAGCAGGUUAGUUUUCCAAAAAAGGUCUGGGACAAUAGUGUGUUGUUUGACAUUAAUCCUGAACUUCGAGUUUCAAUAGAGGAUUCAAUAAGAAACCAUAUUGAGUGGUCAGAUGAAGAAUCAUCAGUUCAUGAAUAUGUUAGUAAUACCAGUUCAUAUACUGAGUUGCUUGUUCAGUUAGGGUUCCGAAAAGUUCACGUCUUGGAAGCUGUCAAAUAUACUUAUACUCUAAACGACUCACUAGAGUGGUUGAUUUUUCAUUUACCAGAAGAUGAUUUACCAUUUUCUUUUGUCAGGGAUGAGACCGAUUCUAGUGUGAGACUGAAAAUAACGAAGGAUUUAAACAAGGAGCGUUUAAUUACUCAAUUGAUGAGAGGCGGUUAUAGUAGGAAUGAGUCCAUUUUUGGCUUGGAACACUGCGAUUACGAUAUUACAAAGGCGGCAGUUCUUCUUACGAAUAACCUUUUUGAGAAAAGUCUCAGCUUAGAUUAUCCUGAUGGUCUAUCAUCACUUGAAGAUUGGCUCGAAGAGAAAAAUAGCCUGAGGGUUAUUUAUGAUUCCAAAAUAGUGGAGGAUGAUCCUCCAAAAGAUGAUUCUUUCAGCAUAUUGUUGGAUGUUUCAGGAUUGGCUUCAAAAUUACUAUCUUUGAAAGUAUAUAGAUCCCAAAACUACCCUUAUGAUAUUUGUGGUCUACUAUUGGUUGUGAAUGACAAAUCCUAUACUUUGCCAAGUUACAUAAAAAAAUCGAUCAUAAGUCAACUUAUAGAAUACUUGGCUAAAAAUGGCGCAUUUGGAAUGCCUUAUAUAUACACUUGCAUUGACUGGUUGGAACAUAAUAUUUUGAAGGUGAUUGAAAAUCCAGGUCCUUUGUAUAUUUCUUCAAAUGAAUUGAAAAAGAGUAAGGGUUUACUCACGGUACCCAAAAUACAAGGGCAAAAAAAGACAACACAAAGGAGGAUCAGUGAAGAAAAGGUUGAGAUCAGUUAUAAGGCAAGAAUUGGCUCUUCUAAAUACCAAGAAUCCAUUAACAAGAGGGCAAAAUUACCUGCGUGGAAACAACGUGAGUUAAUCGUUAGGACAAUCAAUGAAAAUAAUGUAUGCUUGAUAACAGGUGAAACUGGUUCAGGAAAAUCGACCCAAAUUGUCCAGUUUAUUCUUGAUGAUCUCAAUAAGAGGAAUGAUUUUUUGACUACUAUAAUUUGUACUCAACCGCGGCGUAUCUCUGCGAUUGGGCUUGCCGAUAGAGUAUCCGAAGAAAGAGUGGAUAAAUGUGGUUCAGAGACAGGGUAUAUUAUCCGUGGCGAGAACAGAACCUCGGAUACAACACGUAUUUCAUUUGUUACUACUGGUGUUAUGUUAAGAAUGAUUCAAUCUAUCUUUGGAAAAAAUUCUUCUCAUGAUUCGUUUUUUGAAAAUCUUGGCUAUAUCUUUAUUGAUGAAGUCCAUGAAAGAUCUAUUGAUAGUGACUUCCUACUAAUUAUUCUCAAAAAAAUGACGAAAAACUUCCCUAAGCUGAAGAUUAUAUUGAUGUCAGCAACAAUUGAAAAGUCUAUAUUUAAUGGAUAUUUUGAUCCGCGUAAAAGUCAAAUUGCUCAUGUUCAUAUAGAUGGCCGUACAUUUCCCAUUGAUGAUUAUUAUUUAGACGACAUUAUUGAUAUGACAGACUUCAAAAUAUCCAAUUACAGAAGCAACCCCUACGAUGAUGCUCUCGAUAAAGAUGAAACUUUCAAACCUAGAGCAGAUUCCAAAUAUUUUCAGUCGGGUAAUAUAAACUAUGAUUUGAUUGCAGCAUUAGUAUAUAAAGUUGACGACGAUCUUAAUGCCAAACAGGAUGAUGGCUCGAUUUUAAUCUUUUUGCCUGGUGUCAUGGAAAUAAAGAAAUGUUUGAAUAAAAUUGAAGAUGCUGGAUUUUGGAAAUUGCAGUUACAUUCGGCUUUAAGUUCGCAAGAGCAAAGACGAAUUUUUGACAAACCACCGACAGGCAAGCGUAAAGUUAUAGCAUCAACGAAUAUUGCUGAAACGUCCAUUACUAUUCCAGAUGCAGUUGUUGUAAUCGAUUCAGGUAAAGUUAAAAGUGUUCAAUAUGAUUCUAAGUCAAACAAUACAAAGUUAGUAGAAAUUUGGGCAUCACAAGCGGAAACAAAACAACGUAGAGGUCGUGCUGGUCGUAUUAGAAAUGGAAUUUGUUAUAAAUUAUUUACAAGAGGAACAGAGCAGAAGAUGAUUUCUCAGCCCAUCCCUGAGAUUAAAAGAACAAAACUUGAAUCUGUUUAUUUGGUUGUGAAAGCAAUCGGUGUUAAGAAUGUUUAUGAAUUUUUGCAGGCUGGUUUAGAUCCACCGGAUGAAGAUAAUGUCAAUAAUGCCAGAAGGGUGCUCUGUGAUGUUGGUGCAUUGAAUUUGGACAGUGAUAAUUUAACAUGCUUAGGCAAAUACCUAUCGAUGUUACCGACUGAUAUAAAGUCAGGAAAACUUUUGAUUUUUGGAUGCAUUUUUGGAUGUAUGGAAAGCUGUUCAAUUUUGGCUGCAAUAGGAGUCACAGGGUCUCCUUUUACAUGCAAACAGGAGGAUAGGGAUCGAAUGAAAACAGUUCAGCAAAAAUUUGGUCAAGACUCGGGUGACAUGGUUGCUAUUCUGAACGCGUUCAAUGAGUUUCAGUCUUUGAAAUCGAUGAAGGAAAAGCGAAGGUUUUGUUCAGAAAAUUUCGUCUCAAUCUUGCGUUUGAACGAUAUAGAAUCAACUAAAUUUCAAUACAUGAGUUGUUUAAAAGAACUGGGAUUUAUCCCAUUGGACUAUGGUUCUGUAAGAGCUUCAAACAGUGAAGCAUUUGAUUACUUAAAUAGAAAUGGUAAAAAUACUAGCAUGAUACAAGCACUAGUCACUGCUUCAUCAUACCCUCAAAUAGCCAGAGUACAACUCCCAGAAACGAAGUAUGCUCAAAUAAACGGUGGUGCGGUUGCUCUUGACCCAGAGUUUAGGAAAAUUAGAUAUUGGAUCCGCAAUGAAAAGCACCGUAGGUUGUUAGAGAAUGAAGGAGGCAAAGGACCACAUGAGUCAGGAGAAACAGUAUAUCCUUCUAGUAGAGUUUUCAUGCAUCCAUCUUCCUCUUUGUUCAUCAACGAGGAAAAGUCGAGCACCAACCCUCCUUUUGUUGUAUACAAUGAUUCCCAGGAAACAAGCAAACUCUAUGUCUAUGGGAUUACGCCUACCAGUGUCACUUCAAUUUUGUUGUUCGGAGGUAGAAUUUCUUAUGAUUUAACCGGGAUUCCCAACAAUAUUAGAUGUAGGGGUAUUAUAAUGGAUAGUUGGUUGCCAAUUAGAACAUGGUGUAAGAAUGCUGUUCUUAUUGGAAAAUUAAGAUUAUUGUUGGAUAAAACAAUCAAUGCAAGACUCGAGAAUCCAGGUAGUCAUGAAGGUAAUGAUGUCUUAGAAGUUAUUGAAAAGUUAGUCAAAUGCAAUGUUUAA